GACCUCCUCUUCUUCUUCUCCUCUUCAUGCCAAAACCCUAACCCUAACCCUAGCUCUCGCUUGCUCCAAUGCCGCUCCUCUCCCCUUCCUCCCUUCUACGCCACCGACCUCUCCUUUUCGCUGGCGCCGCUGCAACCGCUCUCCCCCGCCGGUUCUCCAUCAUCUCCUUAUCCGGCGCCCGGGAGAACCCUCCGAAGCAACUCCUCAAGGCCAAGGAAUCCAUCAAGUCAGUCCCAUCUCUCUCCCCCUCACUCGAACCCUCCGGCGCCGUCCCCAAGCUCCUCCCCACCCAGGCCAUCGGCCUCGUUGCCGCUGCUCAGGCCAACUUCAUGCGGGUCAUCGUUGAGUCCGCUGGCGGCCCCCCAGAUAAUCCCACUAUCUUCAACGAAGAUCCACGUAUUGGUAGAGAACUCCUUUGCGUUGUUAGGGCCCUGCUUAAGAAGAUCAAGCGGAGAGUUUUGGUCGGAGAUAAGGUGCUCGUUGGCUCGGUGGAUUGGACUGAUCGGAAGGGGAAGAUUGAUGAUGUUUUUCAGAGGAAGUCUGAGAUGCUUGAUCCUCCAGUAGCGAAUGUGGAUCAUUUGUUGGUGCUGUUCUCGAUGGAGCAGCCGCGGUUGGAGCCGUUCACUCUGACGAGGUUCUUAGUGGAGGCUGAGUCUAGUGGGAUUCCGUUCGCAUUGGCGUUGAACAAGUCAGAACUUGUUGGAGAGGAGACACUAUCCGCAUGGAAUGAAAGACUUAAUUCCUGGGGCUACAAACCAUUAUUUUGCAGUGUUGAGACUAAAACUGGCCUAGCUGCACUUGAGAAAAUUUUGCAAGGACAGACUACUGUGAUUGCUGGCCCAAGUGGCGUGGGGAAGUCCAGUCUUAUUAAUACCUUGAGAAACACUCAGCACAUUAAUGAUGAAGAAGAAAUGAGUUACUUGAAAGAACGUAUGGAAGGCAGUAAGUGGUUUGGCGAUCAGCGGGUUGGCGUGGUAUCUAAAAGUGGAAGAGGAAAGCAUACAACAAGGCAUGUUUCUUUACUACCACUCUCAGGUGGAGGUUAUCUUGCUGAUACUCCUGGAUUCAACCAACCUAAUCUUCUAAAAGUGACCAAGAGAUCCCUUGCAGAAACAUUUCCAGAGAUUAGGCAGAGGCUUGAGGCUGCAAAAUGCGCAUUCAAUGAUUGUUUGCAUCUUGGUGAAAAGGGAUGUGUUGUUGCUGCAGAUUGGGAAAGAUAUCAAUACUAUUUCCAACUGCUCGAUGAGAUCAAGAUCAGAGAGGAAUUCCAAUUAAGAACAAUAGGAACUAAACGAGAAGGCGAUGUUCGGUACAAGGUGAGAGACAUGGGAGUAAAACAAGCAGAGCCGCGACUUGAACUUAAGAAACACAGACGAAUAUCUCGGAAGCGGCUCAACCAAUCCAUUCUCAACGAACUUGAUGAGGAAGAUUGGUCGGACAUCGAAGAGGGUUCUUGGUAAGGCUAACCAUCCGCGGCAUUUCAGGCCAUUCUCACAUUGUAAUUACUCAUAAACAUAUGUUGUUCAUCUGUAUGCUCUGCUGGAAUUUGGUUUUACACUGUCUGUACAGCAACCUGUAUAUAAGCAGGAGUUCAGCCCAAAAAAUAAUAGAUUUAACACAUUUUGUCACUUUAA